AGGAAGUAUUGACAUUCAUAUGCGGAAGAGGUUAGAGUGGGGGAAACAAUCGGGUGGAUCGACGAACUGUAACUUUAAAUAAGGAAUAGAAAAAACAAACGACGGCGUGAUAUUUGGCCUGUUCAGCUACUGGUAUCUCUGGUGGACGUUUUCCACAUAAAGAAAAGACAAGAUGGACUUCCUGUUUGGAAGAAGAAAGACUCCAGAGGAGAUGCUCAGACAGAAUCAGAGAGCGUUAAAUAGAGCCAUGAGAGAUCUAGACAGAGAACGCCAGAGACUGGAGCAACAGGAAAAGAAAAUAAUUGCUGACAUUAAGAAAAUGGCCAAACAAGGACAGAUGGAUGCUGUGAAGAUCAUGGCUAAGGACUUGGUGCGCACCAGACGAUAUGUCAAGAAAUUCAUCAUGAUGAGAGCCAAUAUUCAAGCUGUCAGCCUUAAAAUCCAAACCCUCAAAUCAAACAACAGCAUGGCGCAGGCCAUGAAAGGAGUCACCAAAGCUAUGGCCACCAUGAACAGACAGUUGAAGUUGCCACAGAUUCAGAAGAUCAUGAUGGAGUUUGAGCGCCAAAGUGAAAUCAUGGACAUGAAGGAGGAGAUGAUGAAUGAUGCAAUUGACGAUGCAAUGGGCGAUGAAGACGAUGAAGAGGAGAGUGAUGCUGUGGUUUCUCAAGUUCUGGAUGAGCUGGGUCUGAAUCUUUCUGACGAACUUUCAAACCUGCCUUCUACUGGAGGAAGCCUUUCGGUUGCGGCUGGGAAGAAAGCUGAACCGCAGGCUACGCUGGCGGAUGCCGAUGCUGACUUGGAGGAGAGGCUGAACAACCUCAGGAGAGACUAAGAAUGAAAGGACUUAAAGUAAAGGUUUUGAUUCGGAACUGUCUGCGCAAAGCUCACUAAAAUGUAGACUGAUGCAAAGAAAAGAGGGAGGAUGUGAAUGCUGUCUGUUUUUUUCCCUGACAUUAGAUGCUUGAAUGCGUCCUUUUUGUUUUUCUGUCUUCUAUGACAUGUGCUGUAUAAAUAUUACCAAACGCGUAACCCAAAUGAAGAUGCAAUGCAUCAGACUGAUCUCAAGCCUUCUGUU